CACAAAUCAAUUACAGAAAAUCUUGUGUCUACUAUUCUCGGUAGCAAAGAAAGAACCAGUGAGUGGUGGUAGCUUCCUCUCAAUGGCUCUGACGAGCUGAGCGUGCUUGAAAGAACUAGGUAUCUUUUACUCUUCUCAUCUUUAUUCCAUUUCGAUUUCUAUUUGUGGUUAUGUUCUUCAUCUUUCUAUAAAUUCACUCGUUUACUUUCAAGAUCUAUAGACCCACUCACACCCUUCUCUUCUCCCGAUCUAAAACCCCUAAUUUUCCUUCCCCAUUUGUAGUUCUCUGCAUUUUAGUAGCAGUGUAUUUUUUUUUUAUAAAUCUGUGAGGAAAUCGCUAUGUGGGGGCAGUCCAGGACCUCGCGAACUGGAAGCUUCGGGCCUGAAAAUUUGGGUCAGAACGCUAUGGCCCUGAUUGGCAAUCUCAGUUUCACUUUGUUUGUUUUGCUUGUCCUAAUUUUCACCUUUAUCGCCGCCACAUACGAGCCGGAGGAUCCCCUCUUUCACCCAUCGACCAAAAUGACCACAUUCCUCACUUCCACGUCCAAUGCCACCUUCAAAUCCGAUGACACUGUUGUCAAGACGGGAGAGGAUUUCAUGGCCCCAAAUCAGACCGCGUUUAACACUUUCAUCAACAUCACUGAUGUUGUUGAAAACCCAGAGAGUAGUAAUCUUGAAACUGCCACACCAAAUGAGUGUGCAAACAAGAUGGAUGACCCAAUUGGCUGUAGAGAUCCAGAGGUGUUCCAUUUGAUGAUGAGGAAGGCCAUAGAAGAGUUUAAGGAUAUUCACUUUUACCGGUUUGGGAAGCCCAAUCGUGGGUCUAGUGAUAAUACAUGUGAUAUGGCAUGGCGAUUUAGGCCUAAGGAAGGGAAGGCAGCUGCCUUUUAUAAGGACUAUAGACGGUUUGUUAUAUCUAGGUCGGAGAAUUGCACCUAUAGCGUGGAGAGCAUUGGGGAGUACCAUUCGGGUGUGAAUGCGAGAAAGAGGAAGAAGAAAGAGAAGCCUGGGUUUGAGAAAACUCCUGCUGCCCUGCAGCAACAAGCAUCUCAGUUGCCUGUUGUUGGGGAGACUGUGAAUGAUGCACUUCCUGUGGUUGAAUCCGAGAAAUCGUUUGGUCAUGAGAAGUAUUUGAUUUAUACUGGUGGUGGAGAUAGAUGUAAGAGCAUGAACCAUUACUUGUGGAGUUUCUUGUGUGCUCUGGGUGAAGCGCAAUAUUUGAACCGCACAUUGGUUAUGGAUUUGACUAUUUGUUUGUCUUCAAUUUACACUUCAUCAAGUCAGGAUGAGGAAGGGAAGGAUUUCAGGUUUUACUUCGAUUUUGAGCAUUUGAAAGAGACAGCAUCAGUGUUGGACCAAGGUCAGUUCUGGUCAGAUUGGAGUAAGUGGCAGAAGAAAGAUGGAUUGAGUCUUCAUCUUGUGGAGGAUUUCAGGAUCACUCCCAUGAAGCUUGCUGACGUGAAGGAUACUCUGAUCAUGAGGAAGUUUGGUUCUGUUGAGCCAGAUAAUUACUGGUAUAGAGUGUGUGAAGGGGAAACAGAAUCUGUUGUUCAAAGGCCAUGGCAUCUGAUAUGGAAAUCUAGGCGAUUGAUGGACAUUGUGUCUUCAAUUGCUGCAAGGCUGAACUGGGAUUAUGACUCUGUUCACAUUGAGAGGGGGGAAAAGGCAAGAAACAAAGAGCUGUGGCCGAAUCUUGAUGCUGAUACUUCGCCUAAUGCACUUCUCUCAACGUUGUCGGAGAAGAUAGAAGACGGGAGGAAUUUAUACAUUGCAACAAAUGAACCUGAUGCAUCUUUCUUUGACCCUCUGAAAGACAAGUACUCUACUCAUUUUCUCGAUGAAUACAAAGAUCUUUGGGAGGGGGACACAGAGUGGUAUUCGGAGACGACUAAGCUUAACAAUGGUGUUCCUGUUGAAUUUGAUGGAUACAUGAGGGUGUCCGUUGAUACAGAAGUAUUCCUGCGAGGGAAGAAACAGAUCGAGACUUUCAACGAUCUUACAAAUGAUUGCAAAGACGGUAUUAACACUUGCAGCACUGCUGCAAGUUAAUCCUUGCACACGAGUUUUAGAGUUCUGUUGUUGCUACAUUGGUUUUUGUCAAUGUCUAUUUUUACCUAUGUCACCAUUCCCCUAGAAAUUGUAGCUUUCUGUCACAAUUUGUGAUUAAUUAUGUAGUAUUAUUCAGUUUUGUACUUGAAGAAAGUCUUUAACCACUUGUCAUUCAGUUUUGGUAUAUUUUUUGGGGAAUGGAAGGGUUCAGAGCCUAAACAAAUUAAGACUUCC